CCAAAUAUGUUAAAUAUGUUGAAAACAACGCUUCUCCUUUUAUGCAUAUUGGUUGAAGUGUGUACAAAAGGAACCCAUCAAGACUUCAUCAGUAAAUUCAACAAGUACAACUCCGUAUGUCAAGGAAUAGGAUAUAAAACAAUGAACUGUUCUGGAACAGAAAAAAGUAAUAUCAUUGCUUUUAAUACACUUUUGUCUAAACGACAAGAGAAUCUUGGAAAGAGUUCCGUUGUUGUAUUUGGAAACAUAAUACUAAACACUGGAAAUGCCUAUGACGGUAUCACAGGUAAAUUUACAGCACCUGAGCAUGGUAUCUACUCAUUCUCGUGGACCAUUCUUACAACAACUGGAAAGUAUUUUCACACAGAAAUUGUCCUCAAUGGUAACAUUAUUGGUUAUAAUCAUGUGGACGGUACCACAGGCAGUUCUCACUAUUCUUCCGGAUCUUCAUCAGCUAUAAUAAAAAUGAAGAAGAAUGAUAAAGUCUGGAUAAGAACACAUGGUGACCAUGGAAAGUUUGCUUACGAAAACUGGUCGUCCUUUUCCGGAUUUAAAUUGUAA